AAUGUAUUGACAAUUAGUAGACUGUUCAUUAUAUCAGUAAUCUCUACAGUCGAUAUUAAUUAAACAACAUAAAAUACGUGAAUCUUUUAUUUAUUUUAUUUUUGUAUCGAAAAGCUGGAAUACGUAAAACAACGUAUCAAACUAUUGGCUUACGCCGAUAUGAAUGUAUCCGAGGAGGAUAAAAAACACUGGGGUAUGGAUAAAUUAACCGGUGGUGGAAGUCGAUUACGAGGAUGUUUUGGAGAUCGAAGAAUGAUAUUAUUCAUUGUUUUUAUUGCAUUAUUUUUAGAUAAUAUGUUGUUAACAGUAGUCAUUCCCAUUAUACCCGACUUCUUAUUAUCUCAUCAAACAACGAAUCUUUCAACAUCUAUCAAUGAAACUUUAUUAGGAGAUAAAUAUUGUACAAAAUUAUUAAAUGUCACUGAUAAAAUUAAUCUGCAAAAAUCAAUAAUUUGGGCAUCAAGAGGACAUGCUGUCCAACAUCAACCAAUAGGAUUGACAGAUCAAUUGAAAAUGAUGUUAGACGAUAAACGAAUUCAGUAUUUACUUGCUGAUACUAGAUUUAAUGAGUGUAUGGUAAAUGCAACAAUAGAAAUUGAAAAAAUCACCGCUGAAGAAUUGGGGAAUGAACAUAUUCAAGUUGGUAUAAUGUUUGCAUCGAAAGCGAUAGUACAAAUGAUUGCAAAUCCUAUGAUUGGUCCAUUAACAAACAGAAUUGGCUAUAGUGUUCCAAUGUUCACUGGAUUUGUGAUAAUGUUUACAUCUACUAUCGUGUUUGCAUUUGGUGAAAGCUAUACAGUUCUAUUCUUUGCCAGAGCUUUACAAGGUGUUGGAUCUGCUUGUUCCAGUGUAUCAGGAAUGGGAAUGUUAGCCACUUGUUACACUGACGAUAAAGAUAGAAGUCAUGCAUUCUCAGUUGCACUUAGUGGAUUGGCUAUUGGUGUAUUGGUAGGACCACCGUUCGGGGGCAUCGCCUAUCAGUUCAUUAGUAAAGAAGCACCAUUUUUAAUUUUGGCAGCGUUAGCCUUAGCUGAUGGAACUUUACAAUUAAUUGCACUAAAACCAAAAGUACGUAAAGAAGAUCAAAAAGGUGCUGCAUUAUGUGAACUUUUAAGAGAUCCAUAUAUAUUGAUCGCUUCAGGUUCAAUAACUUUUGGUAAUAUGGGCAUUGCUUUACUUGAAUCAUCUUUACCAUUAUGGAUGUGGAAAACAAUGAAAUCAGAAGGAUGGCAACAAGGUGUUGCCUUUUUACCAUGUAGUAUUGCUUAUUUUAUUGGAACAAAUAUAUUUGGACCAAUUGCUCAUAAAAUUGGUCGAGGUAUAAGUGCUGGUCUUGGUAUGAUUAUAUGUGGAAUAUGUUUACUUUCUAUUCCAUUUUGUACAAGAAUUGAACAUUUAAUUGCUCCCAUGGGCGGACUUGGAUUCGCUAUAGGAAUGGUCGAUUCUUCUAUGAUGCCUAUCAUGGGUUAUCUCGUCGAUUUAAGGCAUGCAUCAGUAUACGGUAGUGUUUAUGCUAUCGCAGAUGUUGCAUUCUGUUUGGGAUUUGCAGUUGGACCGAUCAUCAGUGGUGCAAUGGUCAAAAGUAUUGGAUUUAAAUGGAUGCUUUGGUUCAUUGCCAUUGUUUCCCUCCUUUAUUCUCCAUUGACAUUAUAUUUGAGGAAUCCACCAAAACGAGAUGAAGCUCAGUCACUUGUUACAGCAAAAAAUGGAAACCAACAAAAAGAAUUAAAUUCUUUUGAAAAGGAUCCUAAGACAACGAUAACUGGAAUUCCAACAAUAUGUUUGGGCUCUACAAUCGAUUAUGAUCCUACACAUGGAGGACUUCAAGAAUAUCGAUAUGAAUAAAGAAGAAAAAGAUGAUCCUAUAAACAAAGAAAUUAUGUUGUCUUUCAUUCUAUAGAAACAAAAACAGAAAUCAAUAUUAUAACCAAUUCCAAUAACACAAUAAACUGUCAUUAAAUAUUUGUCUAUAUCCAUACAAUACUCUACCCCCCCACACACACACCUCUGCGUUAUAAAUGUAUAUCUUUGUAUCCUGCUGAUUUUAAUUAAACACAUUUGAUCUAUACAAAAUACCAUAGAAUUCAUUAUCAACUUUAAAAUGCUUAUCACAUAGUUAAUGAACAAGAGAAAAAGAACAACGACAACGACAACGACAACCGAUUCAUGUCCAAAAGGUGUUAAUCAUUGAUUAUUAAGGUUCAGUGAUCCUAUAAAUACACAAUUUAUUUCAAAUUUAUUAAGUAUUCAUUAUAAUUUUUAGAAAGUUAAAACAUACUUUACAGGAAAUUCAAAUAUACACCAAUGAUGUUUAUUUAUUUAUUUAAACAAAGUAAAUUCAAUGUAAA